AGUAUUUGGCAGUAUUUGGGGAGUUUUAUAAGGUAGCAAAAGAUCUUGUUCCAAAACUCUCUAAUUCUUAUGGAAAUAUCAAUGUAAAAAACUGCAACUGCAACAAAACUCUCUAAAUCCAAUCCCUUUACUGAAAUAAAACUCGCUAAUUCAUCUUCCUCCAUUACUGUUUCAAAACUCUCUAACUCCAGGCUUCAACUAGCACACUUCAAGGCAGUACUGCAACAAAACUGACUAAUUCCUAAUCAUAUGAUAGUCAUUGGCAACAUAUUCUUCAAACAGAAAGUGGGCAGUUCCUUCAAAAUAGUUAUUAUUUUGUGUUUAUAUAUUGGCUACACUGUACAGCAGUGCAUCUUGGGAAAUUGUUUGUUUACUUCAUUAGUUAUUUCUGUUUUGUACAAUAUGGCUGAUCCAGAUGUAACCUUAUUACAAAGCGGUAAUGUUGAACCAAUGCCUGACAAUUCCACGAGAAAGAGAAAAAGAAGAGUAGAUAACUGGAAGAAAACCAAGGACAAAAAGAAGAGACACUCCGCUCAAGGAUUCCCAAAUAUUCCAACUUGUGGACAUCGUGAAAGAGCUAACGGAUCCAAGCACUGUUAUGACUGUUCCCGUCUUAAUAUGCAGGACAUAAGACGUUUUCAUCAGGGGUUCUACAAAUCUUGCAAUAAAAUUGACCAAGAUCAAUUUAUACUGAGGUACGCCAAAGGAAAAGAGUUGGACUCCGCACUGUUAUGUACUUCCAACUCUGCUCCUGGUCCAGAUGACGAGCACUAUGCCAUGCUUAGACAUUUACCCUCAGAGGGUAAGGGGGCCCUCUUAGCGCUCUACAAUAGAGUGUUUGAGGAACAAACUUUCCCACUAGCAUGGCGUAAAUCGCACGUCAUCCCCUUAUACAAACCGGGACAGGACAAACUAUCUCCGUCUAGUUACCGGCCCAUCUCGCUUACCCAGCUGCCUUUCUAA